UUAUGAAAUGUUACUAUAUUCCAUGUUGUAACUAACUUGGAAGUGGUUGCUGUAACCAAGACCAGAGGUUAUUUAAAAACUUAAAAUGUCAAGAGUUCGAUUGUAUUGGCUCAUUUUGUUUCCUAUGUAAAGAAUUGUAUCUCAAGCAACAGAUCAGCCAACUUCAGUUCUCGUACGUAGGUAGCUCAAUGGGAAAAUAAAAUGCAUUUGCCUCCUUUCCUGUCCUGGAUGGCAUCCAAGCUGUGGAAUUUCCUGAUUUUGAUGAUUCAUAAUUGCAUUCAAAAUAGGAAAGGAUGCUGAUCUGUUAGGUUUGUCUGGAGCUGUUACUUUUGCUAAGGCAAAUCCCUUCUGAGUGUAUAUCCACUACAGAAUGAAAUUCAAAUAUCAAUUUUGUGAUUUAAUCAAGUACUUCACCUUUUCAAAAAAUUAAUGGAAAAUCUAUGUUAGAAGUAUUUCCUUAGCCCUGAUAUAUGCACACAAUUUGAUACCAACACCUAACUAGGGGAAUACUUGUCUAUUUAAAACAAAAUUAAACCAAUUACUUUAUCUUGUGAUGCCUAAUGUUGGCAUUUUGUAGUUUAUUUUGGCAUUUUUAAAAGCUAUGUUCCAGAAAUUACAUUCCUAGAACAAUUAGACAGAAUCAGGUUUAAUAUCACUGGCAUAUGUUGUGAAAUUUGUUGUUAUACAGCAACAGUACAGUGCAAUAUAUAAGAAUAAAAGUAGUAAAUUACAGUAAGUAUAUUUAAAUAUAGUUAAGUAGUGCAAAAAGAGAAUUUAAAAGAAGUAGUGAGGUAGUGUUCAUGGGUUCAAUGUCAAUUCAGAAACCUGAUAGCAGAUGGGGAAGAAGCUAUUCCUGAAUUAUUGCAUAUGUAGCUUCAGGCCUCCCAGCUGCUAGCAGUGAGAAGAAGGCACAUCUUGAGUGAUGGGGGUCCUUCAUGAUGGAUGCUGCCUUUUUUAGGCAUCACUGCUUGAAGAUGUCCUGAAUGUUGGGGAAAAACAUAGGUUUUAAUUACAAGCUCAGUAUUUAAUUUUUGAUAAUCCUUAAUCGUUGUGGCUUAAAAGAGGCAUCAUGUAUUUGCCUAUGUCCCGUUAAACCAGGGAGGGUUGAGUCAGCCCAGAGAGUUUGUGUAAUCAUCUUGAUUUUUUAAAUUUUUAUCAGCUAUUUGUAAAUUAUAAUCAGGCAAAAGUUUGUUAACUUCUUCUGUAAGUACAUUUUAUGAAUGUUACAAGAGUAAUUUGAAAAACAAGCUGUCAUAUUUAUUGUUUGCAUGUAUUUUUAGAUUAUCUCCUGAUCAGUUAGAAGCUGCUACUAGUAUUUUAUCAGAUUAAUGCAUAAUAAUUCAAUGAAACUAUUUGAAAGUUAUAUUUUUGCCACUUUACAGUCAAAGAUUUAAAAUAUUUAAUUCUAGGCAUUUGCUAAAUUCAGUGAUUUAUUUUAAGUUCUUCAUUGCUCCUCAAUUUGUUUCAGACCAAAUGAUGCAAGAAAAGCAUAUUCUUAGCUAGUAUCUGAAGCUGGUAACUGGAAGUAUUUCAUCAAUUGAGUUCCAAAGUAUAUCUGUACAGUUUACUCAUUGUGUUCUCUCAAAAAUGAAAUCUCACCAUUCCUUGUUUUCCCAGUUUUAUUGACUUUGAUGUGUGAAUAAUCUCUCCAAAUUGAGGACAGUCAUGGGUUGGAAGUCAACCUAAAAAUUCUAACUAAUCCAUAUCUUAAAUUUGUUAGGAAAGAAAAUCUGUUGUUUCUGAGCUACUAUAAUUGUUUACUUCCCAGUUAUUACAGUUCAUUGCACAACAAUUUGGUUAAUCAUCCAUGGAUCCUGAGGGCAUAAUCAGAAUGUAUGAUUGCAUCAGUCUUACUUACUCUCUUAUUUUCUCUUAUUUUCCAUGAAAAAUUUAAGUUUGAAUAAUAUCAGUGGAUAAAACUAAAUAUUUCCUUAUUUAGGCUACUCUACUCUUCUAAACAACCAUGUGCUAGUGGUUUCACAAUGUUUCUGUUUAAUUAUUCUUAAAUAGAAAUGCUGCAAACACUUGGCAUGUCAGGCAGCAUCUGUGGAAAGAGGAACAGUUAAUGCUGUCGGUUUGGAAGGCUGCAGGCCAACAAAUGAUGACGGAUCCAUAGUCUGCAGAAUUUUCUGGUUUCAUUUCAGCAGUCCAUCUGCAGCUUUUUUAUUUUAAUAAUUUUUUCCAAUUUUUUUGAUAUGGAGGUGGAGGUGUUUAGAAUGAUCAUAUAUUCCUAUCCAAUCCUUGAUCAUCUUAGCUGUCUAUUGGUAGUUAAAUCCUUUAUUUUAUUAGCUGCCCUGUUCUUUGUUAUAACCGGCUGUGUUCCUUCAAUCUCUCCCUGCUUGCCUUCCUUUGGGUUUCAAAAGGUACUUUCAUUAUCUGCACAACUGAAAAUUGACUAAGAAAUCUAGCUCAAGCAAUGCAAUGUGAAUAAAAACUGAAUGAAAAGCAAAAUGGUAGCAGAGAAAAAAAUAUAUGACUGCUCCUGAUUUUCAUUGUGAAAUCUCUGUAAAAGAAUGAUGUACAUGAAUCAGGAGCAAAAUUGUCUUUAGAGCAGCAUAUUUUCAAGGUGCUGUUACAUAUUUGUUCAUUUUGCCCUCUGCAUGCUGUACUGAAACAUGUUCCAUAUUUGUAUCGUUCAUGUAGCGGACAUGGGCUUUGCUCGAUUGUUUAAUUCACCCCUGAAACCUUUAGCGGACUUGGAUCCUGUAGUGGUUACAUUUUGGUAUCGUGCACCAGAGUUGUUACUUGGUGCAAGGCAUUAUACUAAAGCCAUAGAUAUUUGGGCUAUUGGUUGUAUAUUUGCUGAGCUAUUAACAUCUGAGCCUAUUUUUCACUGUCGUCAAGAAGAUAUCAAGACUAGUAAUCCUUAUCAUCAUGAUCAGCUGGAUAGAAUAUUCAAUGUCAUGGGAUUUCCAGCAGAUAAAGAUUGGGAAGAUAUUAAAAAGAUGCCAGAACAUUCAACGUUAAUGAAAGAUUUCAGAAGAAAUACUUAUACUAACUGCAGCCUUAUCAAAUAUAUGGAGAAACAUAAAGUAAAGCCAGAUAGCAAAGCUUUUCAUUUGCUUCAGAAGUUACUCACAAUGGACCCAACCAAGAGAAUUACCUCAGAACAGGCUAUGCAGGACCCCUACUUCCUUGAAGACCCACUCCCAAAAUCAGAUGUAUUUGCUGGUUGUCAGAUUCCCUAUCCAAAACGAGAAUUUCUUACAGAAGAUGAACCUGAUGAUAAAGGAGAAAAGAAGAACCAACAGCAACAACAAGGCAAUAAUCACACUAAUGGAGGUGGCCAUCCAGGGAACCAAGACAACAGUCACACACAAGGACCCCCUCUCAAGAAAGUCCGAGUUGUUCCCCCUACCACUACCUCAGGUGGACUUAUCAUGACCUCAGAUUACCAGCGAUCCAAUCCACAUGCUGCAUAUCAGAAUCCUGGACCAAGCACAUCACAACCACAGAGCAGCAUGGGAUAUUCAACUACCUCCCAGCAGCCUCCACAGUACUCACACCAGGCACACCGGUACUGAGCUGUAGUUAUUCCCAAGAUCCUGGCCGUCACUGUGGCUAUAGACUGAACAUAUGGCUGGCAGCCUUGGUGUGGCUCAGAUCCCAAGAAUGUACUGUAAUAACCACAUUAGCCAACUCCUUUUGUUUCCACAGAUGGAGUAGUACUUGGGAUAGACUUGAAAGGAGAGCUCUAGCACAGUUUGUGUUCAUUGACAUGCUGCUUCUAUAGUUUACUUGACCUGCUUUUUAAGACCAAUUACUUUUUCCCCUUACAAUUUACAAAUUGUAGCAGUUAAAACAGUGAAUGUACAACAAUGAUUUCUAACUUUUGGUGGUGAAUGUUCUUGCUGUUUAUCAAUGUUCUACCAUAGCAAGAAAGAUUCUUCUAAACUGGUACUUGAAGAGCAGUUACGUUUGAUGGUCAAGGUAUUCAUUAUGCAUAAUGUACUUUAUAUGGUACAAAUUUCACAUUUGGCUGUAUUUUGUGGUUGGUUCACGUCUUUCAGUGUUUUACCUUUUAAUGUGUUUGCAGCACAAAACUGCAGUAUGUAAGCUUCAUAAUUUAUCAACUGAUUGUAACCUCCAAAGGACUCCAGCCUGGCAGUUUAUGAACUUUUCAUUUACAUUGUUCAAACAUACCUUCACCUGAUUCUACCCCAAUAUUUACAAACUGACUUUGACUUAAAACAGCUGCUACCCUUAAUUUUACCAACAGUAGAUAACUGUACUGAGUAUUGCAUCUGUGAUGUUUAUCCAGAUUUUCAAGGGAGAAUUACCUUGAACAGUGUUUUUUUUUUGUAUGUGUUGCUGACUUGUGAGCAAACAAAAAGCAUGUGGUGUCUCCAUGUUUUCAGCUUCUGCUCAAAUAUUUUGUCAUGAGUUUAUAAAGCUGGGUUUGUGUAGUGGAUUUUCUUUUUGUUUGGUCAUUUUUUAAAAAUAAUGUAAAUGCUUUUAUUGAGUGCCCUUAAGAUGAGUGUGAGAUGUAGAGAGCCUUAGAAUUCAUUUAAAAAUGUAACAAUUGUAUUGUACCAUUUUACAUGAAGCAAGUAUUCUGAAAAUAAAUUUUGAAAAUUAUGGUAGUAACUUUACUACUAAAAUUUUAUUAAGUACUUUGGACGGUGUUAUGUUUUGAAUGAAAAUUCCAUAGAUACCAGCUUACAAAAGUAAAAUAUUAUGAAUUCUGAAUUAGAAAACAAAAGAGAAUACUGGAAAAGUUUGAAUCUAGCUUGCUGCAAAUCUGUUUACAUAGAUAGCUGGAACUUUAAGCUGGAUAGUUGUACUGUAUAGUUUUUAUUACAUUUUGCACCGCUAUUGGUUUUCCCAGAUAUUUAAAAAUGUGAAAACUUUCCAUUCGUCACUUCAACAAAUACAUUUGAUUGGUUUACAUAUCUCUGCAGUCAUAAGUAAUUUUGUGAAUACUCUCAUAUGGUGGAUAAUAUUUUUAAGUAUUAGUUUCAGUAUCCAGACUGAUUUCUGAUGUCCCCUCUGACUGAUUUAAAACAAAAACUUCAAGGUAACUUUUUAUAGCUAUUGCCUUAAUCAUGAGUUUGCUUAUAACAUAGCUUGCCUAAGCACUUUACUUUUUUAUUCUAAAUUGGGAUUUACAGUUUAAUUAUGUAGCCAAGCAGCCAUAUUCUGCUUUAAAAAAACCUAUUUCUGUAAUGUUAUGCAUUCACAAUUUUCUUACUACCACAAUGACAAAAAAAAUUGAAGGGAUAGUGAAUAGAUGAGAUGCAGAAUGUACACUAACCCUGAAAGUUUGUCUUAGUUUCACCUCUAGGUAGCUCAAGGAUGCCUCUUAGUGGAUCAAUGAAGGAACAGCAUUGAUGCUCUCUGUGGGUUGAAGAUGGCUUGAAUGUGCAAAUUUUAA